AUGACACUUGGACCCAGAGGAGAAGAGAAUCCGGCGGUAGAAUUCAUGCGUGGACCAUUGAUAGGUAGUUUGAUUGGAAUGGGGGCUUACCCGGGGGAUCGUUGGAGCCUCAAGUUGCUUUAUCAUCUACAAACUGGUCUGUGUACCACGUUAUUUAUCCGUGCCAACGCUAAAAUGAGUCCAUACCUGGUUAGGGAGUUCAUGAUGGUAUUUACACUGGGUGGGGCUUACUCUGAAGAUCAGUUUUUGACUGAUUUUGUGGUGUACAUUUACUUCAUGUGGAAAAUAUGGACGUCCGCUAGUCACACGAAGAAUAUGGCCAGUUUUAUUGAUGCUCCCCGUAAUUCUCGCAAGGACAAGUUAAAGAACGAGCUAUGGGUUGACUACCGAAGCUGGGUGUUUCCACUCAACCUAGCGGGAAAUAUGUUGUUUAUUGUUGGAGACGUUUUCUCCUCUGCUAUACUGGCGUAUCACUUGAGGAAGCACCUUGAUAUUCGAAAAGGCUCCUCACUUAACCGUCUGCUUUAUCGCCUUGUUGUAUAUACUGUUGCUACGGGAACAUUGACUAGUUUGCUUGACAUUGUAGCACUGGCAUUGACGAUCGACCAGAAAGGAGACACAGCUUACACCUCAAUAGUGAUAUUCCAAAAUCGAAUCUAUGCUAACUCCUUGCUCGCAUCAGUAAACAUGCGCAAGAUUAAUCUGAGAAGCCUCAGCUCGCCUCUUGACCCUGAUCUGCACUUGGAAAUCAUGGAU